UCUGCCCGCCCGGCUCCGCCCGCCCGCCCGCAGCCGCCCAUGGUGCUGCCCGGCCCGCCCGGCAUGGCCCGCUCCGAGGAGGUGCACCGCCUCACCGAGAAUGUCUACAAGACCAUCAUGGAGCAGUUCAACCCCAGCCUCAGGAAUUUCAUUUCUAUGGGGAAGACCUAUGAAAAAGCCUUAGCAAGCAUGACAUAUGCAGCCAAGGGGUACUUUGAUGCUCUGGUGAAGAUGGGGGAGCUGGCCAGUGAAAGCCAAGGAUCCAAAGAGUUGGGGGAUGUGCUGUUCCAGAUGGCCGAGGUGCACAGGCAGAUCCAGAACCAGCUGGAGGAGAUGCUCAAGUCCUUCCACAACGAGCUCCUGACGCAGCUGGAGCAGAAGGUGGAGCUGGACUCCCGGUACCUGAGUGCUGCCCUGAAGAAGUACCAGACGGAGCAGAGGAGCAAGGGGGACUCGCUGGACAAGUGCCAGGCUGAGCUGAAGAAGCUGCGCAAGAAGAGCCAGGGCAGCAAGAACCCCCAGAAAUACUCGGACAAGGAGCUGCAGUACAUCGAGGCCAUCAGCAACAAGCAAGGGGAGCUGGAGAACUACGUGUCUGAUGGCUACAAGACAGCUCUGACGGAGGAGAGGCGACGCUUCUGCUUCCUGGUGGAGAAGCAGUGUGCGGUGGCCAAGAGCGCCAUCACCUACCAUGCCAAGGGGAAGGAGAUGCUGACGCAGAAGCUGCCGCUGUGGCAGCAGUCCUGCUCGGACCCCAACAAGAUCCCGGAGCGCGCCAUCCAGCUGAUGCAGCAGAUGGCUGCCAGCAGCAAUGGCACCAUCAUGCCCAGCCCUCUGUCCACAUCCAAGUCCAACCUCAUCAUCUCUGAUCCCAUCCCUGGUGCCAAACCUCUCCCUGUCCCCCCGGAGCUGGCACCUUUUGUAGGACGCAUGUCGGCGCAGGAGGCCCUGCCGGUGAUGAACGGAGUCUCGGGCUCUGACAGCGACGGGUACAACCACUGGUCUGAGAUGAAGCCAGCACAGCCCAAAUCUUUAUCUCCUCCCCAGCCUCAGAAGCAGCUGAGUGACUCUUACUCCAAUACACUCCCAGUUCGCAAAAACGUGGCACCGAAAAACAGCUACGCCUCAGCUGAAAACAAGACCCUGCCACGCUCCAGCUCCAUGGCCGCCGGGCUCGAGAGGAACGGCCGGACGAGGGUGCAGGCGAUUUUCUCGCACGCCGCCGGGGAUAACAGCACCCUCCUGAGCUUCAAGGAGGGAGACCUCAUCACCCUGCUGGUGCCCGAGGCCCGCGACGGCUGGCACUACGGAGAGAGCGAGAAAACCAAAAUGAGGGGCUGGUUUCCUUUCUCCUACACACGGGUCCUUGACAACGAUGGCAGCGAGCGGGUGCACACCAGCCUGCAGCAAGGGAAGAGCAGCAGCACUGGCAACCUGCUGGACAAGGAUGACAUCUCCAUCCCACCGCCAGACUAUGGCAUGGCCUCGCAGGCCUUCCCAGCACAGGGCAGCAACACCUUCAAGCAGCGGCCCUACAGCGUGGCCGUGCCCGCCUUCUCCCAGGACUACCUAAUGCCCUAUGGGUGUGCAAUUAAAGACUAUGCCAGUGGCCUCUGCCAAGCACCCUCCGCUCACUACAAGCCUUACACUAGGUCGACAGCUGGUCUCGAUGACUACGGGACGAGGUCCGUCAACAGCCCCGAUGUUGAAGUGGCCAGGUUUUGAGGUGGCCCUGCCCGUCGUUAGUAAGUGACGGUGUCGCGGGGCCGAGCCCUGGGUGCGCUGGGCAGCGGGUGAGGCCGCGGGGCUGCGCGGGCACGGUGCCACCGCUCUGCUUCGCGCCUCGCCGUCCCCUCCCCGCGUCGCCGCCGCUUGUCCCCGAGCCCCGGGGCUCCCCGGCUGCCUGUGCUGCUCGCCCCGCUGCCGUGGCUGCGCUUGCCGGGAUGCUGAGCUGCUCUGCCCCCUCUCCCCGUAAUCGGCUCUUUGGUUGUAGGUGUGCACCGGCCCCAGCCCUGCCCACACUAACCGCAGGUUUUUUGAGCAGCUUUUUUUGUUGUAGAUUCAUCCCAGGAGCCUCCUGGUGCUGCUGGCCCCGGGGAUGGGAUGCAGGAGCCUCCCCAGGAGUCCAGACCCUGCUCCUCGCUGGCACUGCAGAGCCUGGAGAGCUCCUCGCCCGUUUCUCUUUGAUCCAUGAGCUGCUUUCCCUGGAGCUGCGGGCUCCAUCCCAGUGGCUCUUCUCUGCCAGUACAGAAAGAGUUAAAUGGGCCCCGGGUGACUCAUCAAAGCAACUUUUCCUCUCCCUCCAGUCCUGAGAAUCUAUUUUGGCAUCUUGGGAGGGAAAGUGAUCUAAGCAGCUGCAUUAAUUAGGUGUGAAAUUAAUUACCCUAUUUUUAAGCAAAAGUCAUUUAUCUUUUAAGGAAAGAAAAAGCGAACGUGGAGAGGUGAGGGAUGGCAGAGAUGGGGCCUGGGGCUGACAGUGAGACCCUGUCCCAGAGGAGGUGCAGGUCCCAGCAUCUUCUGCUCUGGGAGAUGGCUGGGGACACCCCAAAGCUUCUGGGGACACCCCAAAGCUUCUGGGGACAUCCCAAAGCUGCUCGGUGCAGGUGCACAUGGUAACCACAGCACUUUACCUGAACCCACGUCAGGGGUAGCAGGGCUGUGCCCCCACAGUGAGUGACCAGCUGAGGCCCAGCGGUGGGAGCUGGCAUGGGGGGCUGUGGCCAUUGCUCCCACUGGGGACCAAAGGAUUGUGUGGCUCCUGGGGAGGGCGUGGGGCAGUGGGCAGAUGAGAGAGGGGCUGCAGGAAGGGCAGGGGGUGCUUGGUGGCUCCCCAGGCAGCCAGAGGGACCCCCAGAACUGCCCACACCCCCUGGGAAUGAACUCCUGCAGGGAGAGGACACAGGGGACCUCCUGGAGAAGGGGUAAAGAUGCUCCCCAUGCCGAGGGAAUCCUUGCACCCUGUCCUGGUGCAAGGUGACGAUGGCAGCAGGAGGGUGCUGGGGACACCCCAGGUAGGUGAAACCCAAGGUCAGCCAGUCUGGGCCCUGCACUCUGACAAGCUCAUCCAGCUGUCCUUGGUGUCCCACACUCUUCCUCUUGGACAUCACCUUCCCCGAGGCAGCAUGAGGGCUCUGCAGGGAGCUGCCAGCUCUGCCCUUGGCCAGGAGCGAAGCCGUAACCCCCUGCUCCAGGCCUGGGUCAUCCCACAGUGCUCCACCUGUGGCAACUGCUGCAGUCCAGCCCUGGAGGAGGCUGGAGCAGCUUCAUCAGCUCAGCCCUGGCACCCCUGGCAUCUCCUGCUUUGGGCUGGAGGAGAGCCAGGUGGGAGAACAUCCCCCUGCAGCUGGGCUCGGCUCACCACGGCUUAGCUAGGAGAGGAGCAGAGUUGUGGGGGCAGCUCAGGGAGUGGGGCAGCUGGGCUGGGGGCUCCACAAGGCAGAGCUUUUCCAGUUUAAACCUCCCCAAACGCUGCUGGUGCCGGGGUCUCUCCAGUCUCGCUCGCUGUGCCGGUGCCCUGUGCUCUCCGGGCCUCCACACACACCCUGCUAACUCUUCCUUCCUCUUCCUCUUCCUCCACAGGAACCCCUUUGCCAACGUCCAGCUGAAGCCAACGGUGACAAACGACCGCUCGGCCCCGCUCAUCAGCUGAUUCGGGAGCGCCGGCACCGCGUGGCACCCGCCACCUCCUCAUCCUCAUCUUCCUCAUCCUCCUCCUCGCUGCUGCAUGUCCAGCUUCCCAGGACUCCAUUCCUAGGCGGAACUUAUUAAUCCUGCUGCUUUGAAAGCCAAAGGCUCAAGCUAGUGCCCUAGUUCUCUCUUCUCUAGACUCCCUCGGUGGCAGGGGGUCACAGCGCUGCUGUCACCUGUCCCCUGCCUGUGCUGAGUGUGGUGGCACUUCCCUGAGUCAGGGCAGCGUGUCCCAGAGCUGGGGGGGCUCCCAGGCCCAGCAGCAGCUUGCUGUGGGUGGGGAAAGGGGCUCAGAUGGAGAACAACUCUCCAUGGUUGGCUCACAGUGCUCCAGGGGGCAGCCAGGCAGAGAGGACACGGUCGCCCUGCCCAGAUGAGAGGGACCCCCAGGCCAGGCAGGACAUGGGGACACCCCCAGGCCAGGCAGGACACCCCGGGCAAGCCAAGGCACUGAGGGUGGCACAGGCAGCUCCCAGGCUCCCACCAGACCCCGGUGCCCACGCCAUGCCCCGGGCUGGGACAGGGCAGGGGGUGCCAGCUCCGCUCCCAGAGCUCCUGCCGUGCCAGGGCUCGGGGUGCUGCAGGGAUUUACGGUACUGCUGUAAAAUAUAAGCUAGGAAAAAACCACUGGUGGAGGCAGGGCAGUGUGGGAGCGAGCCUUGGGGUGCCCCUGCUCUCCCUGCAGACAGGAGCUCCUUGGGGUGCCCCUGAUCCCUGCAGACGGGAGCUCCCAUCCAGACCUCUUGCUUGGCUCUUUGCUCUUCCUCUAUUCCUAGGGCUGCAUGAGAGAGAGAGAUAGAUAGAGAUAAAUAUAUAUCAAUAUAUAUACACACACACUUGCUAAGCUUACUGCUGGGGGUGCCCACGAGCAAGGUGGCUCCCGCAGCCCUUCCCGCAGCUCCUGAGUGACCAGGGUCACAUCCUUGCUCCACAGACAGGGAGGAGAGGUUUCCAGGCAGGAGCUGUGUCUCCCAUGGCGGAGCGCUGGAACCCGAACAGAGUUUUGCUUUUCCCGUUGUAUUUCUCCUUUUGCACUUUCUGAUCACUGGUGCAGCAUGUCCUGGUGCCCACAGCCCGGGCAGUGCCCGCUUGGCUGGGCACUGGGCAGGGCACAGAGCAUCUCCAGCCCAGGGGGCUCGGUCCCAGUUGGACGUGGUGGCUCAUCCAUCUUUCCUGUGUCCCCUCUGGAUUUUCCAGUUCCACUGCAGGAAAACAGCUUCACCCGUGACUGCCCAGGCUCCAGCUCUGCACAAGGGCUCCCAGCUCCAUGAUGUGCCUCCUCUUCCUCUCCCAGGGCUGGAGCAGAUGGGUGGGGGGCACAGGGGCAGGGUGAGGGAAAGGGCUGGGGCAGUGGGUGGGAGAGGGCUGGUGGCCACAGCCCGGGGUGGGGACAGGCCUGGGGUCCCCUCGGCCACUGCGGUGUCCUCUUCCACCCCCGUGCCAGGGGCUGUCCCCUGGGCCCCCCAAGCUGCCCCCCUGGCUCCAGCCAGCCCCCGGGGGCUUCGCUGCACCUCCUGGCUCGGUGGCACCUGCAAGACGUAACCUGAAAUGAUUUUUUAUGAGAAAACGUAAUUUAUGAGCAAUUCAGCCUCCCCCAGCCCUCCCUCCUGCAGCGUUUCCCUGGCCAGAGGCUCCUGCCUGGCCCUGGAGCGUGGCUGGGACCCUCCCGAGCUGACUCCAUCCUGGGUGCUGGGCAAUGAUCGGGGCAGGAAACGGCUUAAGAUAUUUUAAAAACUUUAUUAUUGGCCCGAUGAGAUUUGACACACAUGCUGGGAGCUGUAUGGAAAUCAGCACUGAUAAAAAAUACAGCAAUUAUGACCCGUAUUGAGAAAAUAGACCAUGUAAGAAGAGCCUUUCUAUUAAAAAAGUUACCCAAGCCACA